AUGACCGAGCUCUUCAUAAACCGAGCGUUGAGGUAUCACCUUGAGCUGAGACCAUUUUGCCUGUACAAUCUGUGCAGAAGAUUGUCUUGUUCAAAUGAUGGGCCCUCAAAUAUGGAUGUUCACGAAAAAUUUAACGAACCCUUCAAGGAAGGGAAUCAGGCAGGUUCUGAAAAUAAUGAAGGGCAUGGCCAGGUUUUGAGGAAACAUGAAUUUGUUAAGAAGGAGGUCGAGAAUGUGUGUCGAAUUUUAGAGAGUGGCCCUUGGGGACCCUCAUUAGAGAAAGCUCUAUCCUCUUGUGUUCACACACCGCAGCUGGAUAUCACCAUUGGUGUUUUGAGGAGAAUGAAGGAUGCCGAUUCGGCUCUUAGUUACUUCAGAUGGGUUGAGCGGGCAACCGAUCAAGUUAAUCCCCCACAAACCUACAAUGCCCUCCUCAUGCUAAUGGCGAGGUGUAAAAAGAUCGACAAAAUUGAAAACAUUUUGGAAGAAAUGAGCCUGGCCGGAUUCAGCCCAUCUUUCGAGACGAGCAUAGAGUUAAUUUCCAGCUUUGUGAGGGCCCGGAAAUUGAGAGAUGCUUACGAUAUUUUACAAUCCAUGAGGAAGUUCAAAAUCCGACCGGCAUUUUCAGCCUACACGACCCUCAUAGGUGCAUUGUCUUCAGUCCAUAAGCCCGAGUACCCAGACCUCAUGCUUUCUUUAUUCCACCAGAUGCAGGAAUUGGGCUAUGAAGUUAAUGUUCAUUUAUUCACAACUUUAAUCCGCGUGUUCGCACGGGAUGGCCGUGUGGACCCUGCCUUGUCCUUGCUGGCCGAGAUGAAGAGUAACUUGUUGGAGGCCGAUAUUGUCCUUUACAACGUGUGCAUCGACUGCUUCGGUAGGGUUGGCAAGGUCGACAUGGCUUGGAAAUUCUUUCAUGAGAUAAAGUCGCACGGGCUCAGGCCCGAUGAUGUGUCGUACACUAGCAUGAUUAGUGUUUUGUGCAGAGCCAAUAGAAUGGACGAGGCCUCUGAGUUAUUCGAACAAAUGGAGCUGAAUCGGGAAAUCCCCUGCGCGUACGCUUAUAGUACCAUGAUCAUGGGCUACGGAUCUUCUGGAAGGUUCCGUGAGGCAUACGGUCUGCUCGAGAGGCAGAGGAUGAGAGGGUCCAUACCCAACGUGAUCGCUUACAACAGUCUCCUCACCUGUCUUGGCAGAAAAGGAAAAAUGGAGGAGGCAUUGAGUAUUUUUAACGAUAUGAAAAAGGAUGCUAUGCCCAAUCUCACGACCUGUAACAUACUCGUGGAUAUGCUUUGCCGGGCGGGAAAAGUUGAGGAGGCUUUAGAAGUACAGAACGACAUGAAAAAUAGUGGCUUGGCCCCGAGCAUAAUGACGGUCAACAUCAUGAUUGACCGUCUGUGCAAGGCGAACAAGCUCGACGAGGCCCACAAGAUUUUUGAUGGCCUGGACAGACGAACUUGCAGCCCGAAUAAAUUCACGUAUUGUUCGUUGAUAGACGGCUUGGGCCGACAUGGGAGGGUGGACGAGGCCUAUAGGUUGUAUGAAGAUAUGCUCGACACACCCGAUGGGGCACCGGACGCGAUUGUCUAUACGUCCCUCAUAAGGAGCUUUUUCAAGGCAUGCCGGAAGGAGGACGGUCAUAAAAUCUACAAGGAGAUGGCCCGGAAAGGCAUCAGUCCAGACCUCACCCUCCUCAACACCUACAUGGACUGCGUUUUCAAAGCCGGGGAGACUGAAAAGGGUCGCGCCUUGUUCGAGGAGAUAAAGGCCCGGUUCACACCCGAUGCCAGGAGCUACUCAAUUUUGAUCCACGGACUAAUAAAAGCGGGUCUCGCACGCGAGACUUACGAGCUUUUUUAUGCGAUGAAGGAAAGCGGGUGCGUACUCGACACAAUGGCUUACAACACCGUGAUCGAUGGGUUUUGCAAAUCAGGAAAAGUGAACAAAGCUUAUCAGCUUUUAGAGGAAAUGAAGGCAAAAGGACACCAGCCAACUGUGGUCACGUACGGUUCGGUUAUCGACGGGCUUGCCAAGAUCGACAGGCUGGAUGAGGCUUACAUGCUAUUUGAAGAAGCAAAAUCGGUUGGUGUGAGAUUGAACGUUGUUGUGUACAGCAGCCUAGUGGACGGGUUUGGAAAAGUGGGCAGAAUAGACGAAGCUUAUCUAAUUAUAGAGGAAAUGAUGCAAAAUAAUAUAAAUCCCAACAUCCAAACGUGGAAUUGCCUGCUCGAUGCCCUUGUGAAGGCCGAAGAAGUGGAUGAAGCCCUCGUGUGUUGGAACUCAAUGAAGGACUUGAAAUGCACACCUAAUAUCGUGACAUAUGGAAUUCUAAUAAACGGGCUUUGCCGGGUUCGGAAAUUCAACAAAGCAUUUGUGUUCUGGCAAGAAAUGCAGAAACAAGGGCUGAAACCUAAUGCGAUCACUUAUUUAACGAUGAUUUCAGGGCUUGCGAAGGCUGGGAAUAUAUUUGAGGCCGAUAAGCUGUUUGAGAGAUUUAAAGCAAAUGGGGGUGUGCCCGAUUCGGCAUGUUAUAAUACCAUGAUCGAAGGCUUGAGCUUGGCAAACAAGGCAAGUGAAGCGUACAGGCUAUUUGAGGAGACUAGGAUGAAGGGCUGUAGUAUAUAUACGAAGACUUGUGUGGUCCUUUUGGAUGCUUUGCAUAAAGCCGAUUGUCUGGAGCAGGCUGGGGUUGUGGGGGCCGUGUUGAGGGAAACGGCCAAGUCACAACAUGCUUCUAGGUCAUUGUGA